AUGGGGGGGGAGAGCCUAAGCCUCGGCGUCCUCAGCCUCGGCGUCCUCAGCCUCGGCAUCCUGCCCCUGGCCGCCGCCGCUCCGGGGGGCGCGGUGCCACCGCAGAGCUGCCAGGCCGUCCGGAAAGUUUUCCAGCUGCGGCAGCUCGGCCCCCUCCGGGGCAUCCCGGAGUGCCCGGGCGCAGUUUCUCUGGGGGUUGAUCUCCGGGUUUGUGCUUCUAAAAAUCCAACAUGCUGUACCAAGAAGAUGGAAGAAAGAUACCAGGCUGCGGCAAAGCAAGAUAUAGAGCAAGUGCUUCAAACAUCAAGCACUACAUUAAAAUUUUUAGUAUCUUGUAAUGCAGCUGCUUUUCAAGAAACCUUUGAAAUGCUUAUCAGACUGGCUGAGAAUUACACAAGCACACUUUUCUCCAAAACAUAUAAAAACAUGGCUGCUGAGGCUACUACACAUGUACAGGGGUUUUUCACAGAUGUUGGACUCUUCGUAUUUGGCACAGACAUUAGCACAGAGGAAUCUCUCAACAGAUUUUUUGUCACCCUCUUCCCAGUCAUCUACAACCAUGUGAUUAACCCUGGUCUGACUGACAUUUCAAUAGAAUAUGCGGAGUGCCUCCAAAUGGCGAGAAGAGACAUCAAACCCUUUGGUAAAAUUCCCCAAAAGGCCAUAAGACAAAUGGGAAGAUCACUGUUACCCAGCCUGACUUUCUUGCAGGCUCUGAAUUUGGGGAUUGAAGUGAUCAAUACAACAGAUCAUCUGCAUUUCUCUAAAGGCUGCAGCAGAGCUUUACUGAGAAUGCAGUACUGCCCCCAUUGCCAAGGACUGACUUUAAGUAAGCCCUGAUACUGCCUCAACAUUAUCCGAGGCUGCUUAGCUAACAUAGCAGAAGCUGAUCUUCAUUGGCGGGGAUAUAUUCAGUCCCUGGAGGAGCUCUCAAGUGCCAUGAGUGGAACAUACGACAUUGAGCACAUGCUUCUGAACUUCCACUUGCUUGUUAAUGAUGCUCUCUUACAGGCUCAUGUCAAUGGUCCAGAAUUAUCUGAGCAGGUGAGCAAAGUAUGUGGUCCUCCUGUAAGGAAGCCUAUGCAGUCUCCAGGUUGCUCCUUAGAUCAAAAUAGAGAUAAUCAAGGGUUGAAGAUGUUCUCAAGAGACGGCGAAGAAACCCUCUCCAGCAGAAGAAAGGAAUUUAUCAGCCAGCUCCGGCUCUACAGAGCCUUUUACGGUGGCCUGACUGAUCAGCUCUGCAGUAAUGAGUUGGCAGCUGCCGAUGGACUCCUGUGUUGGAACAGAGAAGAUGUUGUAAGAAGGUAUCUUUCUGACUCGCUUUUGUCUUUUCUUUUGUAUUUUGUGUUUGUUUCUCUGGAGUAGCUUCCAACUCAAGUCAAGUGCAUUGUUUCCCUAGGUAUCGAGGUGUCAAGGAUAGUUAGGAAAACAAAUUGGCAUGGAUUUCCUUCUCUCAAGCUUCACCUUUGAACAGAAAAAAAAAAAAUAAUCACUGUUUCAACAACAACA